AUGGAUAUCUUUAUUUUUGGCUCCCCUGGAGCGCUGACAUCAUAUUGCGGGCCGAACCCCGCCUAUAAAACGGCCAUCAGGUUAUCUUCCAUCAGCACUCAUUCUCUCUUCAGCUCCACUGGCAUGUCUCCUCAGGCUCUCGUAUUAUUCGUCAUGGUGGCAGUUGCCUUUGGCAGCACAGUUCCAUCAUAUAAUACUCCGGCACCAACCUACAGUGCCCCUGCUCCGAGCUACAGAGCUCCUUCUCCUUCCUACAACGCUCCUGCCCCUUCUGGACCCGCUCAGUACGACUUCAACUAUGCAGUGAAAGACGACUACUCUGGCAACGACUACAAUCAUCAGGAAAAUCGUAAUGGUUAUGAUACUCAGGGAGCUUACUACGUUCUCCUUCCCGAUGGCCGUGUACAAAGGGUUGCUUACACCGUGAACGGCGACUCCGGAUUCGUGGCCGAACUUACUUACGAAGGAGAGGCCCAAUACCCAGCUUACCAAUCUGCCCCUUCUCGCUCCUACCAACCCGCCCCCGCUCCUUCCUACCAACCAGCUCCUACUCCUUCCUACCAUACCACUCCUAGCUAUGCAUAAUUCGAAGAAAGACCUGUAAUGUACAUUAUUUAUCGUGAAUUAUAAAAUUGCAUUCCAA